UUUUAUCAUCAACCUCGUGAGUGCUUAUUUUAUUAAAGUGAGCGUGGUGUCUUUAUUCAUCUUUUGUAUUUAAAGUAUUCUACACUAUCCUCAUCCUCCGAAAUGUCUCCCAAGUCAGUGAAAGCUAAAAUUGGGCCGUCUGUUUUGAAUGCAGACCUAUCCCAGCUGUACACGGAAUCCCAAAGACUCAUGGACUGCGGAGCUGAUUACUUACAUUUGGAUGUUAUGGAUGGCAAUUUUGUGCCCAAUCUUACUUUCGGACAUCCUGUGGUCAAGUGUCUCCGGAAUAAAAUCACUGAUGCCUUCUUCGAAACUCAUAUGAUGGUUGACAAACCAGAAAUGUGGAUUGAAGGUAUGGCAGACGCACGAGUUGAUCAAUAUACGUUUCACACAGAACCAGUCAGUGAUGUCCUGGGAGUUUGUAGGAAAGUUAAAGAAGCAGGAAUGAAGGUUGGUCUAGCGAUCAAACCAAAAACUCCAGUGGAAACAUUAUUGAAGUACAUGGAUCAAGCUGACCUGAUCCUCAUAAUGACAGUAGAGCCAGGCUUUGGAGGUCAAAAAUUCAUGGCAGACAUGAUGCUCAAAGUCAAGUGGCUACGAGAGAACUAUCCAGGAAUGGACAUCGAAGUUGAUGGUGGUGUUGGACCAUCAACGAUUCAGGCGUGUGCAGAGGCCGGAGCAAACAUGAUCGUCGCUGGAACUGCAGUAGUGCAAAGUGAUAACCCACAAAAAGUUAUUGAAACCCUGAGAAGUACGGUCGCCGGUGCGAUUGUGAAGUGUGCCAGUUAACAUCUAUCCUAUGAUUAAUGCAAUUUUUACUUUUCCAUUCCUGUGUCAGCACCCUGACAGUUUUAGCCUUUAAAUUUAAGUAAGAUAUUCUGUGAUGUAAUUUUAAAGUAUAAAAAUCAAGUACCUUAAUGGACUACUUAAUUAGUACCCAAUUGUUUUUUU